AUGAGGGGAAGGCGGAGCUCCGGCACUACCGGGGCGGAAGCGGCGGCCAUGGCGGCGGCGGAGGAGGCGCCGCUCACCGGCGUAGCCUGGGCCGCCUCGCCCGAGGCAGCCCCCGCCGGCUGGACCCCGAUCACCGUUACCGUGGAGGGCGCGGCGGCCAACCUGGGCAAAGGCUUCGGGCACAAGGGCGGCGGGUACCUGUGCGUGAGCACCGGCGGAGCCCAGGUGGCUCCCGGGGCCGUGGUGACCGACGUGCAGGUGUUGAGUGACCGGAGCCCGCAACCCACCGGCUACACCCGCGCCCCCGAGUUCCCGGAGUCCCGGAUCGCUUUCUCCCGGAAAAAACGGGUGUACGUGAAGCUGUUGCCACCGGACACCGCCGAGACGGCCGUCUUCGACAUCAAGCUGAGCUCCAAGAGCAAAGCCCUCCCACACUACAUGAAAAUAGGGGAAAUGGGUAAUUUUGCCAUCUGGUGUAAAAAAGGGCCAGUUUCGAAACGCAGCCCCAAGGCGCAGCCGAUCAGCACAGGCCUGCAGCAGCUCUCGCUCCAGGCCUCUGACUCACACCCAAAGGCACCCGCGGCUCGGUGCGGCGUCAAGGGCGAUUCUCAGCACGAAUCUCUCUACGACACCUCCAAUAUCUACGGCCUCUCAGCUAUGGAGGGAGUGCCUUUCACACUACACCCCAAAUUCGAAAGCAAGCUCAGUUCUGGCAGUAACGCUCUCCUUGUGGACCUGAAUGUUAAAUCACUUGCUGAUAUCGAGAAGGAGUACAAUUACGCUUUUGUAGUCGAAAGGACGGCCGCUGCCAGGCUCCCACCCAGCGUUUGUUAGCGCCCGGAGUCUACCUCGAGGCUAUAAACCACAGCCAAACAUCCAGCUGGGCUGAGCUCCUCUCAGAUCAAAUUUCAGGGUACCUGAAGAAAUGCAAAUCGAUACCUGAUUACAGGAAUUGCUUAAUAAAUGCGUUUCUCUUCUCA